AUGUUUGCUCUGCGUCAAUCCCUCCGAUCUCAAGCCAGAACCUUUGCCGUACGUCCAUAUCCGACGUGGUCCUCAACUGACCGUUCCGCCGGAGAGCCCGCGGCCUUAUCGACGACAACGACGAGACGACGACGCCCGCGAACACGACCAACCGCAUCCACCAAACUCCGGUCCACAUAAAACUGACCCUCUCACGCCUUUCCUUGACAUAGACCUCGGCCAGGGCUGCUUCGGCCGUCGAGUCUGGAUUCGUGGGCAACAAGACCGGCGUCAGCAGCACUCGCUUGCACUCUCGCGCUCGGUCACCGCACUUUCAGCUCAACCGCCGCCCCUGUGCCCUUCACAGAACACCUUCAACGUCACCCUCAUCCCCGGUGAUGGUCAGUUUGCAUUCACCCCUCUCGUGGGUACUCGGCCUCGUCCUCGAACUGUUCGCUGAUCCUGCACUGCUUGCCCCCUCUUCUUUGUGCGCCCCCCCCCCCCCCCCCCCGCGCGCCGACGUUGGAUCAUGAUCACGUUCUUCCUCCCUCUUCGCCUCUCGCUCUUCUUCCCCUCGCGGCAACAUCACCACAGGUAUCGGUCCCGAGAUCUCCGAAUCGAUCAAGCAGAUCUUUGACAAGGCCAACGUACGACACCCAUUCACUCAAGUCCUGCCCCUACCACACGACUUGGGCCUCCGAGCUGACCCCUUUUCCACCGACUGGGCCAUUCUCGCCAUCCUCGCCAUCCUUGCGCCUUUCUUCACCCACAGGUGCCCAUCGCAUGGGAGGAAGUCUCGGUCGCCCCCGUCAUCGUCGAUGGUGUCUCGACCAUCCCCGCCGAUGCGAUCGCUUCGAUCAAGAAGAACACCGUCGCACUCAAGGGCCCCCUUGCCACGCCUAGUACGUCCUAUCGACCAAGCCCCCCUCCCUCGCGUUCCGUCAUCGACGCUAACACACUCGACCCUACUCUCGCCAACUAUCAGUCGGCAAAGGUCACGUCUCGUUGAACUUGACGCUCCGUCGCACCUUCUCCCUCUACGCCAACGUCCGACCUUGCCGCUCGAUCGAGGGUUACAAGACCCCGUACGACAACGUCGACAGUGUCAUCAUCCGAGAGAACACCGAGGGCGAAUACUCGGGUAUCGAGCACGAGGUAAACAGCCCACGAAUUCAAUCUGGACGAGCCAAGUCAGACGGCUGAUCCUGAGUGGCCUUCUCUCAAUUCAGAUCGUCGACGGUGUCGUUCAAUCCAUAAAGUUGAUCACUUACGAGGCUUCGGAGCGAGUCGCCCGUUACGCGUUCGAGUACGCCGCCAACAACGGCCGACCCAACGUCACCGCCGUUCACAAGGCCCCCAUCAUGUGAGUGUCUCCCAUCUCUCAGCAAGCUUAGGUACGCCGACGACUCACGUCCGGCUAUUUGACGUCCGUGUGCUCACACAGGAAAAUGUCUGACGGAAUGUUCUUGCGAGCAUGCCGAGACGUCGCGGCUCAGUACCCCAACGUCAAGUACGAGGAAGACUUGCUCGACCGAGUGUGCCUCAGGGUCGUGCAGAACCCCGCUCCUUACGCGGACCGAGUCAUGGUCAUGCCCAACGUGAGCAAAACCUUCCACCGUGUCGGUCCACAAUGGCUCGCUCCUAUGUACUGAACGAGCGCAAUUCUUCUCGAUGCAGUUGUACGGUGACAUCUUGUCCGACAUGUGCGCCGGUUUGAUCGGUGGGCUCGGCUUGACCCCGUCAGGCAACAUCGGGAAAGACGCAAGCAUCUUCGAAGCUGUCCAUGGUUCCGCACCUGAUAUCGCGGGGUGAGUGAUGAGGGAACAAAAGUCCUCGAAUUGAAGCUCAUUCUCGCUCGGUUGCUAAACCAUCUCCAACGAUGUUGCUUCACCGUUCACAGUAAGGGUUUCGCCAACCCGACAGCGUUGCUCUUGUCGUCGAUCAUGAUGUUGCGUCACAGUAAGUGCACGAGCCCACGCACGCGAGUGGAUGCUUCCCUAAUCUAUAUACUGAUAUGACUCGAUGACGUUCCCCGCGCUCCUUCAACAGUGGGUUUGAUGGAACAAGCCGCCAAGAUCGAGUCCGCCGCUUUGAACGUAAGGCACUCCUGCCCUCUCUCCCACCCGCAUAAGUUAGAUCUGACAGAACCGCCAUCCUUUCCUGGAUUUAGACCAUCGCCGAAGGCCGAUACAUCACGCGCGAUUUGGGAGGUAAAGCCUCGACGUCGGAGUACACCAACGAGAUCCUCAAGAAACUUUAA